CGUCGCAAUUAUUUAUAACGUUCGCGUCGGCACCCUCGCGCGAGUUGAGUUAAAGGGAAGAAAAAAAGUAGCGGGGAAAAUCCGAGCGCGGUAGUAGCGUACGUCACAUACGAAGUGUCCCCCGUGUAUCUUUUUCGCUUUUGUUUUUUUUUGUUUUUUUUUGACAUCUUCUACUUCUCGUCUUUGAUUUUCGUUCACGUAGACGAAAACCGUGGCGAAUCUCGAAUAGUAACAUGUGUCGUGUGGGUGUGUAAUUUAAUUUGAUUAGCUUAGAUUUCUCAUACUGACAACAUAAUUCUCACAUCCUGCCAUUGUUGUUUCUGCUCUGCUUUAAUUAAGAUAACCAUCAGAAAGAGACCCUUAUUUUGAACAAGUAAUUAUCUCAAAAAUGUCGAGGAAGCCAGGAGCUACCCAAGCCAUGCAUAAGGUCAUAAUGGUUGGGAGUGGAGGUGUUGGAAAAUCUGCCCUGACAUUACAAUUCAUGUAUGAUGAGUUUGUUGAAGAUUACGAACCUACAAAAGCAGACUCCUAUAGAAAGAAAGUUGUAUUAGAUGGAGAAGAGGUACAAAUAGAUAUUUUGGACACUGCAGGACAAGAAGAUUACGCAGCAAUUCGGGACAAUUAUUUUCGUAGUGGGGAAGGGUUUCUUUGUGUAUUUUCAAUAACAGAAGAUGAUAGUUUUCAAGCUACACAGGAAUUUAGAGAACAAAUUCUCAGGGUAAAAAAUGAUGAGAACAUUCCAUUUUUAUUAGUGGGAAAUAAAAGUGAUUUACAAGAAAAAAGAAAGGUUAGUUUAGCCGAAGCUCAAGCGAGAUCCCAACAGUGGGGUGUUCCAUAUGUGGAAACAAGUGCUAAAACAAAAGAAAAUGUAGACAAGGUAUUUUUCGACUUGAUGCGUGAGAUAAGGUCACGCAAAAUUGAAGAUAAAUCAGCAAGCAAUGGUCGAGGUAAAGACCGUACCAAGAGGAAGAAAAAGAAGUGCAUUAUUCUAUAGGUGUUCUUUGAUUUAUUGAGAGCAAUAGCUGCUCGCAAGGCACAGGACAACCAAGGAGAUGGGAGUGAACGUAAUAAGGAAACAAAGUGCUGCAUCUUGCUAUAACAAACAUAAAACGAUAUGUAGCUUAUAUUACGGAAGGUUCAACUCCUAUAAUUGAAAACUAAGCGUAAGAGAACUGUAUUUAUACAAAAAUGAAAGUUUUCUGACACUUUACAGUGAAUUGACGCUCUUAAUCUUCGCUGUUCACUAUAUUAUACACAGAAUAUAUUGAAACUCAAGAUAUAUAUACAAUUUAUUCUAAUAUAUUUAUAUAUAUUAAAUAUUAUACAACUGAUAUAUAUUUCAAGGACAUCAUAUAUUACCUGUUUUCUAUAAAAUUAUUAAAAAAAAAGUUUAAUAGCAAUACAUUUUAUUACUUUCUAGUUUAUAUCACUAUGUAACAUAUAAUUUGAAUUAAAAAACAAAAUUUAUAACAUUCAGUGGCACAAAGUUAUGAAGAUGCGUGCAAGAUUACUUGCAAAAUUAUUUUUCCUUAGAGUGCUGAAAUAAUAUAUUUGGAGGAGACUGAAAAUGUGAACAAUACAUGAUUUAUGAAGAUCUUUUGUUUUGUUUUUUUAAUUGUGCAAAUAAUGUAAUUACAUUCAUGUUGAAAUAAAAAUUGUAUUCUCAGUUGC